ACUCAUUUGUUCUGGCUCACAAUAGGCAAGAUAAUGGGCAAUCCUGUUCUGAGAAUGUGCUGGACACCACAUACCUUUCACUGUCAUAUUCACUUGUGUUACAGUGUAGAGCUUCUCUUGUUCACAAGUCUCAGCAAGCUCCCUGGAGGCAACAAAUCACUGGACAAGCUGCUUUCAAGGCAGAGGUGUGACAAGCUACAGUUCCAACACUGUAAGCAUCCUGGUGUUGCACCACCCAAGCUGCAAUGA